UUUCAAAAUCAAGGUUUGACAAUGGUUACUCAAGUAUAUAUAAAUAUACAACCUUAAACUCAAGAACUCAUCAGAAAAAAUAAAAUCGAACGUGAAUAUUUUCAAAAGAAAUAAACAAGAAACUAAAAAGAGAAAGAUGUCAUCUGAAUGCCAAGGAAAGAGCACGUGGCUAGAACUAGUAGGGAAAAAUGGGCACGAGGCAGCAGAAACGAUAGAAAGGGAGAAUCCCAACGUGCACGCCAUUGUUUUACUGGAUGGAACUCCAGUUACAAGAGAUUUUAGGUGUGAUCGGGUUUGGGUUUGGGUCAAUUCGUACGACGUUGUGAUCCGUACUCCGAUAAUCACCUAAUUAGUUGUGUAUAAUACUAGUACAUGAUCUAUCUUUGCUUUAUUUCAAGAUUUCUCUCUAUCUAUGGAGUAAAAUAAAUGUUCUAUGUUGUAUUAUGUUGAUGUAUUAUGUUGAUGUCAACGUGCUUGUUUAGUACUCAUGUAAUUCUUAGUAAGAAUAAUAUUAUAUUCAUCGAGAUUCGAAAUUAAA